CGCAGUCUCGGGAGCGCCCAGGCAGUGUUUCGAUAAUCUCUGACCCGCCUCUCCUGCGAACCCGGCGUCAUUGGACUGCACCCCGGGCGGGGACGUCCGCCGAGCACGGGAGGAAGCAACGAUGCCGAUCAGUAAAUCAGAGAAGCCGGAAAGCUGUGAUAAUGUGAAGGUGGUGGUUAGGUGCCGGCCCCUCAAUGACAGAGAGAAAUCAAUGUGCUACAGACAGGCUGUCGGUGUGGAUGAGAUGAGGGGAACUAUCACUGUACAUAAGACUGAUUCUUCCAAUGAACCUCCAAAGACGUUUACUUUUGAUACUGUUUUUGGACCAGAGAGUAAACAACUAGAUGUUUAUAACUUAACUGCCAGACCUAUUAUUGAUUCUGUUCUUGAAGGCUACAAUGGGACUAUUUUUGCAUAUGGACAAACUGGAACAGGUAAAACUUUUACCAUGGAAGGUGUUCGAGCUGUUCCUGAACUUAGAGGAAUCAUUCCAAAUUCAUUUGCUCACAUAUUUGGUCAUAUUGCAAAAGCAGAGGGUGAUACAAGAUUUUUGGUUCGAGUGUCUUAUUUGGAAAUAUAUAAUGAAGAAGUUCGUGACCUUUUGGGCAAGGAUCAGACGCAGAGGUUAGAGGUUAAAGAAAGACCUGAUGUGGGAGUUUAUAUCAAGGAUUUAUCAGCUUAUGUGGUAAAUAAUGCUGAUGAUAUGGAUAGAAUUAUGACACUGGGCCACAAAAAUCGUUCUGUUGGUGCAACUAAUAUGAAUGAACAUAGUUCCCGUUCCCAUGCCAUCUUUACAAUUACUAUAGAAUGCAGUGAAAAAGGCGUUGAUGGUAACGUGCAUGUCAGGAUGGGGAAGCUCCAUCUUGUAGAUCUUGCUGGUUCAGAAAGACAAGCAAAAACUGGAGCUACUGGGCAGCGCCUGAAAGAAGCUACAAAAAUCAAUCUUUCACUUUCUACCCUUGGUAAUGUUAUUUCUGCCUUGGUUGAUGGAAAAAGCACUCAUGUGCCUUAUCGUAACUCUAAAUUGACUCGUCUUCUUCAGGAUUCCUUAGGAGGAAAUUCAAAAACCAUGAUGUGUGCAAAUAUUGGACCAGCAGAUUACAAUUACGAUGAAACCAUCAGUACAUUGCGGUAUGCUAAUCGUGCUAAGAAUAUUAAAAAUAAAGCUAGAAUUAAUGAAGAUCCAAAGGAUGCUUUGCUUCGUCAGUUUCAGAAAGAAAUAGAAGAACUGAAAAAAAAGCUUGAAGAAGGGGAAGAAAUAUCAGGCUCUGAUAUCAGUGGGUCAGAGGAGGAUGAUGAUGAAGAGGGUGAGGUUGGAGAAGAUGGAGAGAAAAGGAAAAGAAGAAGGGGUAAAAAGAAAGUUUCCCCAGAUAAAAUGGUUGAAAUGCAAGCAAAAAUUGAUGAGGAGAGAAAAGCACUUGAAACAAAGCUUGACAUGGAAGAAGAAGAAAGGAACAAGGCUAGAGCUGAGUUAGAGAAACGGGAAAAAGAUCUUCUUAAGGCUCAACAAGAGCAUCAGUCUUUGCUAGAGAAACUAUCUGCACUGGAGAAGAAGGUAAUUGUUGGUGGUGUUGAUUUGUUGGCAAAAGCUGAGGAACAAGAGAAACUUCUUGAAGAAUCCAACAUGGAACUGGAAGAAAGGAGGAAAAGAGCAGAGCAACUUCGCAGAGAACUUGAGGAAAAAGAGCAAGAACGCUUGGAUAUUGAAGAAAAGUAUACCAGUUUGCAAGAAGAAGCGCAAGGAAAGACCAAGAAAUUAAAGAAAGUUUGGACUAUGCUGAUGGCUGCGAAGUCAGAGAUGGCCGAUCUCCAACAGGAACAUCAGAGGGAAAUUGAAGGCCUCUUGGAGAACAUUCGACAACUUAGCCGGGAGCUUCGACUUCAGAUGCUUAUUAUUGAUAACUUUAUACCUCAGGAUUAUCAGGAAAUGAUUGAAAACUAUGUCCAUUGGAAUGAAGACAUAGGGGAAUGGCAACUAAAAUGUGUUGCCUACACAGGAAAUAACAUGAGAAAGCAGACUCCAGUUCCUGAUAAAAAGGAGAAAGACCCCUUUGAAGUGGACCUUUCCCAUGUAUAUCUUGCCUAUACCGAGGAGAGCCUACGGCAGUCCUUGAUGAAAUUAGAGAGGCCACGUACUUCAAAGGGGAAAGCAAGGCCAAAGACAGGGAGAAGAAAGCGUUCUGCAAAGCCUGAAACUGUAAUUGACUCUUUACUUCAGUAAAUGUUACAGACUUAAAGUCAGAAUAAAAAUUAGUGAUAUCCUCAUGCCUGGACAAAACCUUUAAUUAAAACACUGAAGACUUUUGUGUUAUUUCAAAUAAUGGAAGCUGUAGAUCAUGCAUUAAGACUGGAACUAAUAAUUUGCCUAAUAACUUUUAGUCUAUAUAUAUUAAGUUAAUAUAACAUUAAAAUUGUACAACUGGUAAUUGUUCAAAUUGUCAUAUUAGUUUUCAACUUAUACUGUGCAGGGAAGUUGAGAGAGCAGCUUAUACUAUAGAGAGUUGCAGUUUAAAUGUAUACAUAAAUCUGCUAGUGAUUUACUCAACUACUGUAUGUUUAGAUAACCGGAUAUUCAAAAUAGAAAAAAAAAAUGUAAGUCCUGUUUUGCACAUAGAAAGUUGCAGGUCUAGUUGUCCUAUGUUUUCCUGUUAUAUAUGAAUGUAUGGGCUGCAAAUCUAAGAAAUGAUUCUAUCCUAACACCCACCUGGCCUUUUAAAAUAUGUUCUAAUUUUUAUACUAACAUUC